AGAAAUAACCAGUUGGCCGCACGGUACAUUUCGUGGACACGGGAGACGCUGCAAUGACUUAAAUUGACUCGUUUGUGGAAACUGCGGAUUCUGCAAUCCGAGACUUUUUUUCGAGCUGCUGGAGGAACUCAGCGAGUCAGACAGCAUCAGCAGAGGGAUAGUGAAUUGACUGCAUAUGCCAGCAUCAGCAGCAGUCUCUUGUGUGGCCACACCCAAAAAAGCAAAGUGCUGAAGUAACUCAGGGGGUCAGGCAGCAUCUCUGGAGAACAUGGGUUGGUGACGUUUCGGUUCGGGAGCCUUCUUCAGACAAGUGUGGCCAGGAUUUUGUUUUGUUUCACCCACGAUCAGCAGCGCCGAGUGCCGCCUCACUCCGUCCCUGACGCGGGGACUGACUUUGGGACGCUCGGUGACUGGGGAAAGGAGCAGCAGCAGCGAGCGGCAUCGGAGGGGACGGGGCGCGUGCGCGGCAGGGGGUGGCUCGGCCAAUGCUUUCGAGAGAGCGGGAAAAAUGAUGGAAUGUUUGCAGAAGUCCCUGUGCUCGAGAGGCAGAUGACUGGCCGGGCCGGGCCGGGCCGAGCGUCGAGGCCGCAUCUCUCCCUUGUGCAUGAGAGAGCGAAGUAACCGCUUCACUCCGGACCAUCAAUCCCCGUUGAGGAAUGGCCGCUGAAGGUGGCUCGCAACAGGAGCGUCGUUACAGACACAACAAGCUGGAGUAACUCAGCGGGACAGGCAGCAUCUCUGGAGAGAAGGAAUGGGUGACGUUUCGGGUCGAGACCCUUUUUCAGACUGCUCCAGCAUGUUGUGUCAGACUGCUCCAGCAUGUUGUGUCUAUCUUCGGUUUAAAGCAGCAUCUGCAGUUCCUUCCUAAUCCAGGAGCGUCGUUAUAACAGAUUUCGAGCAUCUACUGUAUUUUGCUUUCGGAAGCAACACGGAGAUUAAUGGACGCGAGGUGAAGCCACGAGUGAAUCAGAGAAACGACAAAUGAGGACGAUAGAUGAAGGUGGGACCGGCCAAGGUGUUAGUCUUCCUGACCUCUGCCCAGACAGGCAGCCACCAGGAAGGCUCGUGAGCAAUUUCCCAGGCGAGACGCCUUCAAUUAAUUAAUCCACUUCUUGCCAAGAGAUGCUGGGCGCAUAGAGACUGAAAUGGGUGGAUCGACCCAAAUUCUCGCGCUCAUUGGUUUUGAAGCUGUAACGAGUGCAACUUCGCUGGUCGCUCUCACCUGGAGUAUUAACCCGUGAGAUAUAAAAAUUGUUUGGAUGCUGGUGGGGGUAGUGUUAUAUUCAUCUUUUUUCACCCUGUCAAUACUUUAGAAUAAUAUGUUACAAUGGCACAAAGGUGCUGAAAACCAUCGCGGGGCUUCAGCUGGGCGUUUAGUCGAAAAUAGAUGUAAUUACGAAGGGUGAACAAUGGAGGUAGAAGUGAGUGUGAACCUGAAGCGCAAGUUUGAAGAGGUGGACGGUUCGUCCUUGUGCUCUUCACCCAAGGAAUCGGAUGAUGAUGUUUCCAGCAGCGACAGUGCAGACAGCUGUGACAGCCUCAACUCUCCCAGCUCCAGGGAGUUGCGCCCAACCUCAAUCCUAAAGAAGCACAAGCGGCUGAGGGCCAAGAACGUUCGCUUUGAUCAGGUCACUGUCUACUACUUCACCCGCCGCCAGGGAUUCACCAGUGUGCCCAGCCAAGGUGGCAGCUCCCUCGGCAUGGCCAGGCGCCACAACUGCAUCCGCAGGUACACACUCUGCGAGUAUGCUCAGGAGCAGGAACACCUUCACCGGCAAAUGCUUCGUGAUCAUUUGAAGGAAGAGAAACUCAAUGUGCGCAAAAUGAAGUUGACCAAGAACGGUAUGGUUGAGUCGGAGGAGGCCAAUGUACUCACCAUUGAUGACGUUUCCGAUGAUGACAUUGAUGUGGACAGUAUUGAGGUAGAUGACUAUUUCUUUUUACAACCACUACCCACAAAAAGGCGAAGAGCAUUGUUACGUGCAUCGGGCGUCAACAGGAUUGAUACGGAGGAAAAGCACGAGCUACGGGCCAUUCGCUCAUCCAGGGAGGAAUGCGGGUGUGACUGUAGGUUUUACUGUGAUCCCGAGGUGUGCCCCUGUAGCAAAGCGGGAAUCAAGUGCCAGGUGGACAGGAUGUCCUUUCCAUGUGGCUGCUCUAAAGAUGGCUGCGCCAACGUGGCUGGCCGGAUUGAAUUUAACCCCAUCCGCGUCCGGACUCACUACCUGCACACCAUCAUGAAGCUAGAACUGGAGAACAAGCAGCAGGACCUGCAACAGCUGUCGCUGGCCAUCACCCACGCCUCCAGCGGCAGCCACACGGAAACGCAGGACUACCAGGAUUUUGCUGCGGAAAAUUACGACUUGGAGAACGAGACUGCAGUCAUGCACUUGCAGUCUGCUGAGGAGAUGGACAGGAAAAAGGAGGAAGAGGCUGAUUUAACCAGCUCUAGUGUAACCAUGGAUACCAGUGUAGAAAGCCUAGAAGUUUGUAUAUUAGGAGAUACAGCAGCUAGCGCCAGUGAAGCGUGCCAAGGCCUAGCGAUGCCAGUUGUGAUCGAAGCAGAAGUGACUCCUGUUUCUCCUGUGUUGUGUUUUGCUGACAGUGCUGUUCAGGAUAACCCGACGCCUGAGGAACAGACAUAUUUAAGAAAUUCCACGGUGUUGUAUUAUCAAAUAAACCCGAGCUGUGCUGUAGGUGUGAACUGCAGCGAUAGGGAGGGUGAUUAUGUAGAAGCGGCUUUAGAAUCUGAUUACCCAAAGAAAACCACUGUAGAAAAUUUGGUUGCUGCUACCAGUGGUUCAUUGGUAUCAUAUGUGCCUGUCACUGAGCACUUUUCUCAAAACACAGGGACCUCUAAAUAUCAGAACAUCCAAUUUCCUUUGGUGGAUGACAGUGCUGCAUUAGUCAAUUAUGGUACCACUGUGCACACUGAAAAUCCUAAGCAGGAGCCCCAAUUCAAUUCAAACCUUCAAGGUGGCUGCCUCAGGGCUUCUGAGGGUGACCUUUGUGCAGCUGAGCCGGCUGUGCAGAAGAUGUUUUGCCAGUCUGAAGGUCUGAAGACCCCAGAGGAUGUCCCAGCAGCAAACCCAGUAACUCUGUAAUCCAUUUCUGUAUUCUGUAGCUAGUUUGCACAAUUGCUUGUAGCUUUUUGCUGAUUUAAAUGUCUAUUUAUUUAGGAUGUUUUUUAAGUACAACACAAAACUUUUUUUUAAAAAGUAGCAGAAGAUUGAAGUUGGGGCUUUUUUAAAGGUGGAAGGUUCAUUCAAUCUGGAUUUAAACAGAAACUUUCCCCUUUCUUGCUACCCGAAAGGCUGGAGGUAGGAGACAAUUGUAGCCUGGUUAUUGAGAUCUUGUGGUUGAAUCAACUGACAUAUUCUCUUUUAUCUAUAAAAAAGGACAUGUAUUCUUUUUCCCCACAAGGCUGUAUGCCCUUUCUCACACAUGCACAGUCGAGCAGUGGUUGACAUCGGCAGAGGGAAUGCUUCAUUUUGCAAUGCAUUUCAAGCCAUCUCCAGCAUCUGUAAAGUCUGGUAUUCCUCUGACUGAGCUGCCAUUGCUCUUGGCUCCUGGGCAGAUCUGAGUAACUUUAUUGGUUAAUUGCCUCCAAAGGGAAUACCUAGUAAUCUUGGAUGGAAACCUUCUGAGGCACAAAGAGGCCGCAUGAAAUAUACUGCACUACCGAGCCCUCAACAGUGAACUGUUUGCUUAAUGGAUCUUAAAUCCAGUCACCUGUACCUUGGCUGCACCACCAUUCACCCAAGGCUGUACAGAAAUUACCUUGUCUUACACCUGUUACCUUAAAUCUUGCCUCUCUUCCUAAUCACUAUUUGUUCCCCCAUUGCAUGAUGAUUAAGAGGCGUUGACUCCACAAGAAUAUUUUUGCCAUUUUUUUUUGGGUGGGGUGCAACUGAUAUGAAAUUCAUUUUAGUACUGUAAUGUGUUUGGACAAUUUUGUGUAUUGGAUGAAGGGUACCUUAAUUCUGUCUGUGAACACUUUUUUUCAAUGUAGAAAGUGCCACCUUUUGAAUUGGGUUUUAUUCAGAGAACCUGGAAAUAUGCACACUUACGCGCUCGCUUCCCACUCUCAAAUCUGCUUAUUUACGAAAUGCCCAAGUUAGAAUCUACAAAGUACUUCAAAACUGUUUGUUCUCUGGGUGAGACGGUGUUUCGAAUAAUCAUAUUACAAUUAAUUUAUUUUCUUGCCAUUUCUGUUUUGUCUAGUUGAAGGAAAUAUAUUUGCCUGUUGAAACUUUGUUAUGGAGUCAUACAGCAUGGGAACAGGCCCUUUGGCCCAACUUCCUACACCUGGUUCUUGAUUUUUGGUUGAAAGUACAUUUACCAUAUCUAUUCCACUCAUGAUUUUAUACACCUCUAUAAGAUGACCCCUCGACGUCCUGUGCUCCAAGGAAUAAAAUCCUAGUCUACACAACCUCUUAGCUCAGGCCCUCGGGUCCUGACAACAUCCUCGUAAAUCUUCUCCGCCCUUUCCAACUUUAACUUAUUUUCUAUAACAGGGUGACCAAAACUGAACACAAUACUCUAAAUGUGGCCUCACCAAUGUCUUGUACAACUGUAACAUGUCCUCCCAACCUCUAUACUCAAUACUCGAAUUGAUGAAGGCCAAUGUGCCAAAAACCUCUUGACCACCCUAUCUACCUGUGACGCCACUUUCAAGGAACUAUGUACCUGCACUCCUUGAUCCCUCUGCUCUACAACACUCCCCAGAGCCCUGCCAUUCACGGUGGAUAUCCGGCCUCGUUAGACUUCCCAAAAUGCAACACCUCGCACAUCUCUGCAUUGAAUUCCAUCAACCAUUCCGCAACCCACCUGGCCAACUGAUCAAGAUCCUGCAGUAAUUUUUGGCAACCAUCUUCACUGUUUUCAAUACCACCCACUUUAGUGUCAUCUGCAAACUUGCUAAUCAUGCCUUCUAUGUUCUCAUCCAAAAUUAUUGAUAUAGAUGACAAACAAUAGGCCCAGCACUGAACCCUGAGGCACACCAUUUGUCACAGGAACUGGGUUAUGCACAUUGAUGACAUUUAGAGCUUCUUAAUAGCUGUAGCAUUCUUAUCCUGCACAGUAUCUGUUCUGUACACCAUUCUUUAGUUUGUGUAUCUGAAUUGUUUCACCAUUGCCAAUCCCUUCGAAAAACAAUACUCUUCGUUAAGGUGAGGUGAGUAUCCAGUGAUACAAAAUAAUACUUAAUGUAAUCCCUUUCCCAUUCUACUGAGAGCAGAAUUGUGGCUGAGCUUCUCAUCUAUAGUUCAACAAGUCAAAAGGGCACAGGGAGAAGAGGUUUGAGAUGCUGUGGGUUUGAUGCUUUGGAGUUUUUGGAAGAUCAUCUUGUUGCUGACAAUGAAACAGCUGAAUGCCUUUUCACCUCUUGCUCUUAAACCUACAUGUAUGUUCUUGGUUCUUGCAGCCAUUCUCGAAAGCGCUCCAAUAAUUUUGCAUGUUUCUGAUCUGACCAAAACAAGGCCCAGUGUUCAAGGUCCAUGAUGACCAGAGGCUGACAGUUUGGUUUGCACAGAUACCUCCAGAUCUCUUGACUUCAUGCAUAGUUACGCUGGCUGAGUUGGCUUCUUCUGUAGUAAGUGCUUUGCUUCAUAUUUUCAAUUACCGCUCAUAAACCCAUUUUAUAUUUUCUUACUCUGCCAAGUGUUACCCAUUCCCAAUUGCCCUUGAGAAGGUGGGGUGAGCUGCCGUUUUGAACUGCUGCAAUUCCCCUGAUGAAGAUGCUCCCACAGUGCUGCUGUGGAAGGAGUUCCAGCAUUUAGACCCAGGAACUUUGAAAUAACCAUGAUUAUAUUUCCAAGUAAGGAUGGAGUGCAACUUGGAAGGGAACCUGCAGGCAAUGGUGUUUGUCUGUACCUACUUGUCUUGUCCUUCAGUGGAGGAGAGGACAGUCCUGGCAAAUUAAAUGGUUUAUUAUUGUCACCUGUACCGAGGUAGUGGACAACGUUGCUAUUGCAGAGUAACUUGUAGACAGAAUGCACUGCACUGUUAGGUCUCAUUCACAUUACAGCUGAAGUGAUCAUUUAUUCACCCUUGUGUUGCUUUGAAUGUCUACCCUUCAUUAGGAGUAAGAUUUUGUAGCUGUGUCAGAAUGCUGAUGUAAAAUUGGAAUGAGGUGAGAAGGGAUUAGUUCCUUUGCGAGGGGCCGCUCUUAUUUCCACCGAGGGGUGGGGGGGGGGGGUGUUAGUGCGUGUUGGGGUCCCCUUGCACGUGCUUCAGUGCAUCCAAAUCCAGGCAGAUGUGAAUUGGAAUAAGGAAAGUCUUUAUAUACCUGGCCCUAAUCGAGGACAAUUUGCUGAGGACUGUACUUAUACACCUGACCCCAAUCUGGCAUCAGCUGUAGGUGCUCAAUCAACAUUUAUCUUCAAAUGCUACCUUUGUUUCAGAAGAACCACCAAUCCGUAAACUAUUGUUGGUGUUGAAGAAGCCCUGUCUCUUGGAAGUCUUUCUCGUUGAUCUAUCCUGUUUACAGGAACAACUCUCAAUUUUUAAAUCCAGUCUGGCUCUGAAGCCUAUAAACUGCAAUUUGGAUCUUGCAUCUUAACCUGCAGUCAAUGUGUAACAGUUUGAUUUAGUGAGAGGUCAUUUGAACAAAGCACACAGCAAGGAGCAAAACAGUGAUCUGAAAUGACCAGAGAUUAUGCAUUGAAUCCGAAAGGUACCUUUUAAAAAAGUUAAUGCGACAUUGAUUUUUUUUGUUUUGAUUUUAAUGCAGUCAUUCGAUCUGUCCACUGCAAGUGCUGAAGUUUCUAUCUCUGUCGGUAUGUGGUUGUCAGUCAGUGUCCUUCAUAGUUAUCUCUGAAUGAUCCACUGGCCAAUGGCCUGAUAGCAGAGAUUCCAAGUUAAUUUUUUCCAGCAAGUGAUUUAAAAGAAUAUAUACAUAUCAUAGGUGAGGUAUGUUGCUUCAAGUUCUGCUCUUCAUAUCUUUUUGAAUAGAUCUGGUUUCAUUUAAGAAAAAAAUCUACUUCCCCUCCUCCCUGACCUCUGCCCUGUCUGCUCUGAGUCUGACAUAGCCAGCAUUUUUUCCUGUGCCUGAUCACUGCCGUUACACAGCAUCACAGUUAGAGCUCUGCCACUGCACAGUUCCACAUGCCAUUGGCCUCUCCCACUGGCUCUGAAGCUGCCAGUCAGCUCACAUCGAGUUGGACCUAUACAGAGAGUGAGAUGAUCUCUGAGCUCUGCACAUUUUCAGAUGUGCAGCAGUCGUUGUCUGGCUGCUGGAGGAGGCUUGGCAUGCAUCACUUUCAUCAUGGGACUACAAGCGGGUGCAUCUCGCCACCUCUCCACCCAUUUCAAGGGCUGCGUGCAAUGUUACUUUGAUUAAAAUUGCUCAAUUUCAGAAGGGUUCAUAUGUAUCGUGUGAAGCUGCCCUCCAAAAGAGGCUUUCUGUACACCUUCGUGCUGAAUCUGAAUUUUCCAGAAUUGCAUAGCCGGCUGGGCUUGUCACCUGACUUGCUGCUAAUCUUUUCUUUUACAAUUCCUGACUCUUUCACUCGGCUUCUCCCAAUUCUGGCAUCUGCCUUGAAACAAAUCUACAAUUGAAAUUGAACAAUUUGUUGAAAUGACUAAGGCUGACAACCACUUGUGUGGCGUUCAACCCACAAGUGAUUCAAUAAACUUUUUAUGAAAAGCACUUUGGUAAAACUGGAUGAAUAUGUGGGGAGAAUUUAUUUAAAUAUAUUUGAGUCUUGUGAAUUAUGUAUAAAAAUGUGUAAAAUUCUUUGUUAAAUCACUGCAUACUGGUUAUCAGCAUUGAUUGGUUUAUUUAUAAGGAAUCAUUUGAAAAAGCUGAGCGUAUGAGAAGCUAUGUUUUAAGCAGUGUGCAUAUCCAACUCUGGAUGAAUUUGUAGGAAAACAGUGUGAUUUAUGUGAUUAUGAUUGAAGCUGAACAGAUGCCAUGUUUGAGAAGGGAAGAGUGUAAAACGAUUUCAGCGAAACCUGGCUCAGAUCGUCCGUUCAGUCAAAAGAAGAGUAGAUCCUUUGUUGCCUGGAUGGAUUAAAAAAUAAACCCGACUGGCCAAAAGAAAACUUGGGCAGAGCUUUCAAAUGAGGCUAUUGGGACAGCCAGUGUGAAAAUGGAGUAUGUCACAUUAGCCACCAGUUGCUCUGUGGCUGAAAUUAAAGUCCUGUGAAGAUACUGUCCGAGGAAUUUUGAUCCUGCAUUUAACCCUCCUAAGCUUGGAUGUGUUUGAUACAAAUAUCUGGUGCUCAAAGGGGAAAAUAAUCUGUACUGCGAAUUCACAAAGAUCCAAGAACAGUCUUAAACAGUGAUUCAUGAAGGCUUUUUAUUCACGGGAUGAAUAAAAAAUGCAAGGCCAGCAUUUAAUGAACAUCUUUAAAUGCUGCUAAAACUGAAUGGCUUGCCAUUUCAAAUGUCAGUUAAGAGUCAAACUGUAUUGCUACGCACAGAAGCCAGACAAGGUAAAAAGAGUGGAGAUUUCCUUCUUGGAAGGACAUUAAUAAAACUAAUAUACUUAUGUUAUACUCUUUUCAUCUUAUGGUAUAAGUUUUUGGGGCUGUGUGGGAGAGGGGAAGGAAUUUGAAUAAGAUUUUUUAUUGAUAGUUGUCACUGUUGCACUUUGUUAGUGGCCUUGUGACCAGUUUGGUGCAAAUGUAUCUGUAGGUACUGUACAUAUAAUAUAAUGCUUCUCACUGCUGCCAUCUUAAGGGGGAAAUCAACAUUACAAACAGCUUUGAAAGUAAUUGGGACAAAAAACAUCUUGAAGCAGACUGAGGUAAAAGUUGCUUUUUUGAAAAAAAAAAUUGCCGUGCGCUGCGACUGAACACGAAGGAAUAGCUGAUUCUGAAGUGCUUUCAAUUAGUGUUGGAGGCCAACUGUGCCAGUUUUAACUGGUGGUGAGGGUGCAGGAGGGGAGCGGAUGUGGGAGCAGGGGGGGGGGUAGUAAGUUUUAGAUUUUUAUUUAAUGGGGUGUCAUGCAAAUGUCACCACUUGGAACACAGCAAUCCUGCCACUACUGGGAUUUUAUAAAGCAAACACUGCAUCUAGGACAGUAAACACAAAAUGGUUCCGUAUGUAGCUCGACACAUUGCACCAUGUUUGGAUUACUGCCCUAUAUCCAAGAAGCUCUGCAUUCGAAGCUGCUGCAAAGCAAGUGGACAAGUUACUGACAGUUUUAAUGCAACAACCUUCUGCAUUGUACUAGUUGCUUAUAAGAAAGUGCACGUGCAAAUUUUACAUCGUAUUUUAUAGUAAAUUUAAUGAUAACCUGCAGGACCAAGAGGCGAGGGUAUGAACUGUCUAUGGAGUUGAAUCUCUCACUAGAAUUUGCCUCUUUUAACAAGUUGCUGAACUGAGUUGCUUCAAAGUAUAUGUUUUGAUGCCUACUGUCACUAUGUGAAUGACUGCAAACUAUUGUACUGUUGGAGAAUAUAAACUGACAACAAACCUGCAAUAUUAAUGCUGGGCAUACUCAAAAAAUUAUUUCUAAAGUGACCAAGGACUGAGAUGUUUAUGUGAUCAAAUGUAAACUGGUUUAAGUCUAAGUUGCUUCUUGCUGAUUUGUUCUGCCAUAUUAUUCUGUGUUGGUUGUAAUCCUCGUAUCUCUUCCCUGCCCCAGCCAACUGUAAAUGGGUUGCAUUUUGUUCCCAAACCAUAAUCGGGCAUGAAAGCGCACAAACAUCUCUGCACCAUUUCCAUCGCAAUGCAUCUGUUGUGUCGCAAAAUUGUAGUCUUGACGCAAAUUGCAACAUUGAGAUUAGCGGCUGACAAACAUCGCAAAACAUUUAUUUUCAAUAAAGGCUCUCACCCUUUGAAUCAAUAUUGCAAAGUGGACUUUCUCUGCCCUGAGUCUGGUUUGUGUUGUGUGAAAAUGGUACAAGUGGGUUUGGAUUAAAUGAGGCGCAAAGCAAGAACUGGGGAAUGACUUAACACCCCCCUAUGGACUCUGCUCCUAUUCUGUGAACAAUACAGGGAUUCUUCAACCAUGGCUCAGAUCUUCUCCUCUUUGAGUCUGAGAUUGUGCAUUCAAGUCCUGCUAGAGAGGCAUGAGCACAAGUUCUAGACUGGCUCUUCCAGUACAGUGUAAUGCUGAGGGAGCUGUGUUGCCAGAGGGGCAAUGCCAAGAGUGUCAGGCUGGCAGAGGAGCGAUGCCAAUGUAGCACCCCACUUUUACAAGUGUCAUUUUUUUUGUGAGUUAUGAAAGAGGUCGGAUGCAAAAGAUUUCACAGCUCUCUUCAGAAGAGCAGGGGUGAUCUCCCUGGUCUCCUGAUCAAGAAUACUCCUGCAACCAACAUUAAGGAGCAGAUCAUCAGGCCCUUACCUCUCUGCUGAUUAUGGGAGCUUGCUAUGCGCAAUAUGUCUGCCACUUUUGCCAACAGCAUUACUGUCCGGAAUUAUUUACUGUGAAGGAGAUGAACCAUGUCAGGGUGGUGGAGAUGGGGAAGGGGCGGUGGUAGUGCACAGGGCAAGAAGACAAUUCAGAGUAUUGACAAAUUACCACAAAGGAAUGGAGCCUGAAGAACAAUGGGCAUGGAUUUGAUUACUUUCCACAAGGUUCUGUCUUCCUGGGCAAACAAUUUAAAAGAAUUUGGUUGGAAACUAUUUGGUGGGUGAUGGUGGAUUGCUUUUGAACCAGCGAGACAGAGUGCAACAUCUUUUCUGGCACUCUGUCCUACAUUUGCACAUUUAGCUAAUGACUGCCAUUUAUGUUAAAGUCAACUGCUAAAAAGUGUUGAUGGGGUCUCAGCCUGUUAAAUUUAUAUUCCCUAACACUCGUGAGUCCCUGCUUAAUUUCCAGUAAAUGUCAAACCUGAGCUGCUUCAGUGCUUGUGAUUUGUUACAGAUAACUGCCACGAUUAGUUUGUCAGACCUUAAAGCUUAAAAGGCUACCCCACCAACUAUGAGGCUUUGCAAGAUUGCCUGUCAACGUUCCGAGGACAAGCUGCCCCCUCUGUUUAAAAAUGCAGAGUCUGACUACCUUUCAAUUCCAUCCCAAGUGCCAACUGUCCCAAACAGCGGUCUGUGAAAUUUACUGUCUCGUUUAAAUCCUCGGCUUUUUACAAUUGCCACAGAACUACAACAGGAGGUGGGAUGAGUCGGUAAUAAAGCACAAAGCAAUUGUUUUUGUCACUUUAAUAUUCCUCAUUCUCAAAUGGAACUAAUUUCUGCACUAAAGCCAUAUUAUAGGGUUUUGGUUGAUGUUUUUAAAAAUCCAAGCAGGUCCACUAAAGUUUGAGGUUGCUGUACUUUGUCACCAUGAACAUUAUUAUCAAAUAAGCUGUCAUAGUGAAAUACUAUUUCUCUUUCAUCCAAAAUGAAGUAAUGCAAGUGUCAUAUCAAAGCUGCCAUUGCUAUAAUGCAAAAGAAACAUUUUAAAUAUUUAUUGAAUAAGUUGCUUUAAAUCACAGCAGCAAAAUGAGAAUUUAAAAUUUGAUUCAAAACAUCUGAAUUAUUUUAAGAAGUUUGAAUAGCGUUUCUUUGUUUGAACUGGAUCAGUAUUUUGUGUUUCAAGUGCCCCUUUCAGGGCUGUCAUUUGGAUAGAACAAAAAAAUCCUUUGUUUAAAAGAUUAUUCGGGGAUAAUGUAGUGUUCUGUUCAAUGACCAGUGUCAGGCAAGGUAAUACAAAGUUCCUGCUAUCUCUUGCUAAUGGAGAUAUUUAAAACAAAAGCCAGCCAAAUCGUACAGUGCUGCUCAUAGUAGGGCAGCUAAGCUGUGUUUUAUAAACACUGCAGCACUAGUCUGUGCUCAGCAUGUAUAAUAUUGCUGCUAAAGUGUAAAUGUGCAUAAAGUGUUGUAUCCCUUUAAGAGCCUGUGGCUUUGCCUUAUUGGGUCAGUAAAUGUUGAUUGCUCUAAGCACUACUUCAAGUCAAUUGGAUCUUGGAGAAGCAAGUGUGAUGAACAUAGAUGCAAUAUUUAUAUUAAAUAUUGAUUGGUGUAAA